GCCGAUAUCUAUGACAGGGCGGCGGCCGAGCUGGAACCGCAGGGCUUCGACUGCGAGUGCCUGGGCGGCGGCCGCAUCUCCCACCAGAGCCAGGAGAAGAAGAUCCACGUCUACGGGUACUCGGUGGGCUUUGGGCGAGCAAAUCACUCUGUGACUACAGAGAAGCUGAAAGCCAAGUAUCCAGAUUAUGAGAUCACCUGGGCAGAUGAAGGCUACUGAUGUGACCUGGCAGGGCAGCAGCACCAGCCCGGAGCUGGUGGGAUCGCUUCCAGCACUCAUAAAAUGGCAGCGGGGUCUCCAUGCUCAGCAACGCCCUGAGUUCUGCUGGGCUUCUCUCUUGAACUCAAUGCACUGAUGAGCUUCCAUCCUCUUGGGGAACUCGCCCAUCUCUGCUGUCACCACACUUCCCAUGUGCCAUGGACUCUUCCCAUCUCCCUGCCACAGAGCCGCAAAGCCUGCAGGCAAAGUCCUUACCUGGGUGAAGCUGGUGGGCGCUCGGCUUCCCCUGUGGCAAGGAUUUGUCCAUGUAUAUGUGAGAAUUAAACAUGUUGGGGAGCGCCGCUGGCCCUGCUUG